ACAAGAGCGGACCACUAACCAACCUCAAUCCCUCCACUAUUUUUUAUUAUAUACUCCAAAAAAAACAGGAGAGAGGAGAGUAAAAAAUUGUAUAAACAAAAAACGAUUUAUCACUCAAUUUUUUUAUCAAUCGCGGUUAAGACUUUUUACGACAAUAUUUACGAGGAGUCAGUGUUUAUUUGCUAAUCAGUUUUUAUGGGACGCAACUAUUGUCGAACAGCUAGCCGACGCUAAAAAAAGAACGGGAAACAAGAAGAUGAGACGAUUAAAGUUCUGAUGUAGCAAGUGGAAUUGAGAAUUUCAAACCUAUUGGAAAACCCGAGAGAUCCCAAGGAUGGCAGAAGUGUCAAAGGGCAAUGGCAGUGGUGACGCUAAGUUGAGGACAUCAAAGACAUCAUCAUCAGACAGCAAAGAUGAGGAGGACAGAUCUCCAACAGUGGCCCGAAUUCGUGUAACAAAUUCGUUGAGUCAGGACAGCGAUAGCGAAACUAGGAGACAAUCAGCGAGCAGAAUGUCACGUAUAUUUCUGUUAUCAUCAAACCGCAGUCCCCAGUCGAGCUCAAGCCAGGAGGAAUACGAGCCCGAUUCGACAAAGCGUUUGCCGGGAGCGACACUCGGUGUUAAUGGAGGCCAUCAGGUAGGAGCAAGAUCAAUGGAGAGCCUUCAACGUGGAUGUAGAAAUUUUCUGAGUGCUGAUGAACGCUACGGUGAGGAUUCCAGGUCACUGGAAUCACUCACAACCCAAACUGGCGCCUCAACAUCCAACACAACUGGUUUAACACUGGGUACUGGAGUUAAAUCGCAUCAUCAUUAUCGAAGUUUUCUCAGCUGUUCGUCAGCCAGCUCAUCCUCGUCGUUUACCUCAAAGAGGCGAAUCGGUAUGGCAUCCGAAUCACGUAGCAGUGAAAAUUUGAUGAGACGUGAGGAAAGUUUGAAUGCCGAAGUUAGGAGGGGAUUGUAUGCUAGCACAGCACUUGAGAGAAAAGCACCGAGAUUACAUCUUAGUUUACCUCAGGAUGAUGAUCCCCUGUCAUCGGGACCACCUAGUGUUUUUUCACUCACCAGUCCUGGGGGUAGUGAUAGGAGAAUCACCAUUUUGAGUCCGCAUUCACCUUUACCCCAUGGAGAUGUGCAGCACAAUUACUCCAUCCAGAGUCUCAGGGCGAGGAGGAAUAAGGCACUUGUACUGCCGAGGUUGGUCUUGCCACGAAGUGAAUCCGAGGUGUUUUUACAGUGAGUAGUGAUUGUCGAUUCGUCAUUGUCAGCUGAAGUGAUCGUCGUCGUCGUGAUGUUGUUUUUGUUGGGUGUCUUUCAUCCGGGGCUUGUUCUCGUUUGUCCGAUGGUUAUGGAGAUUGGAGAUAUCGGGAGACAUCGUCGGUUGGUUCGGGGCUAUGAAGGUCGUCCACGGGAUCGAUAAUUCGGCGGCGCAAUCAGGGGCAUCAGGUCAUUCCGUAGAUCAUCUUCAAUGCUUCAGGCGACUGUCGACU